AUGGCUAUAGAUGAUUUGAUGCAUUCAAUUUAUCCAUCAGCAAUUUUUCUUGGUCUGGAUUCAAAUUAUACUAAGUUUGAUAGGUUAAUAGAUUUGAGAAGGGAUGUUUGCUAUAAUAAUAGAAUCACCAAGACCACCAUUGCCUCCUUAGAGUUAGCUGCAGUAUGUCAUAAAAUCUUCUUAUUAAGUCUCUUACUUGAUUUGAACUGA